AUGUCCAAACAGGCUGUUGAAGCAGACGUCGACUAUUAUGAACUCCUUGGCAUCAAGGUCGAUGCUUCCGAGAAGGAAAUCAAAAAGGCAUAUCGCUUGAAAGCACGAGAGGUCCAUCCUGAUAAGAAUCCCAGUCCUGAUGCAGCUGCACUUUUCCAUAAGCUCACUCAAGCACUUGAGGUGCUGGUGGAUCAACAAGCUCGAGCGGCUUAUGAUAAGCUGAUGAAGGCGAAGAUGGAACGGCUCAAGAAACAACGAGAGAUGGAUAGCAAACGACGAGCAGCUCAAAGUGAAUUGGAAGAAAGAGAGAACCGUGCCAAGAAAGCCAAGAUGGAACAGGAUCAAGCUGAAGCACAAUACUAUGCUGAAUUGGCAAGGUUACGAGCUGAGGGUGCGAAACGACGUGAGGAAUGGCGAGAGGAACAACCACAAGAAGAAGAGAAAAUACCUGAACCCACAGAGCUCGAUUGUACCCUCAAAGUCAAAUGGAAGCGAAAGAAGCAUACCUUUACAGAGUCGGAUCUCGAGGCUAUCUUAUCACCCAUUGGAAAGGUGGAUUCAAUUGCACUUUCAGAAAAGAAAAAGGGUAGCGCCUUGGUGGUUUUCAAAACGGUGGUUGACGCGCACGCUGUCCUUACUAGCCAUGAUUCACAUCCAUCGCUUGCACCUUUUGAAUCGAUCAACUGGUUGACAGGGAAUGAGCCAGCUAUUGUGACCAAGAUGAAUGAGGAUCGACGAAGGAGGCAAGAAGCUUUGAGAAUGGCAACGGAGAUGGAUAAUCGCCCUACCCAACGAUCCGAUAAACCACUUUUUGCUUCGGGUUCUGCAACCCAGUCAUCUUUCUUCAAAAACUUCCAGAUACCAUCCACAAAGUCAUCCGCAAAUCCAUCAUCAUCAUUAUCGGAUAAGGAAUACGAAGCCAUGACACUUAUGAAACUACGACAAGCCCAGCGUGAACGCACAAUGCAGCAAUCCGAACAACAGGCUUCAUCAUGA